GUGUGUAAGAGAGAGAGGGUAUAUCGUUCCCUGUAAUAACUACAGUUUGAAUGACUGAUUGAUGUGUUGUGACCUUUGACCCCUGCAGGACAGCACAGGCAUGAAGCUGUGGAAGAAGAGGUGGUUUGUUCUGUCCGACAUGUGCCUCUUCUACUACCGUGAUGAGAAAGAGGAUAGCAUCCUGGGAAGUAUCCUGCUUCCCAGCUUCCACAUCUCCAUGUUGUCGGUGGAUGACCACAUCAGCAGGAAAUACGCCUUCAAGGCCACUCACCCCAACAUGCGGACCUAUUAUUUCUGCACUGACACAGCCAAAGAGAUGGAGUCCUGGAUGAAAGUUAUGACGGAUGCUGCCCUCGUUCACACUGAACCUGUCAGAAGACUGGACAAGUUGAAAGUGGACCAACGGACACCUCAGGAGUUGAACAACUUACUGAACCACAGAGUCCUGACCCGGCCCGAGAUCCAGAACAAUGAACGCAACCGUGAGCCAGUGCGACAACACUCCCUAUCUCGGGCUGACGACAAACGACAAAAAGACGUAGAGACGCACAAUGGCCAGAGGGAGCGUGAGUACUACACCUUACAAGAGACGGGGAGAGGUUCUCCUUGA